GUUUUUAAUUAUAUAGCUUCUCCUUUCAGUUUCUAAACGGCAACGUUUAACAGGGAUUUGCUGGAGACUUUGAAGGAAGAGAAGACUCUUUUCCUUUCUUCCUCGGCUGCUACCAACGAUGCAGGCAAGUGAUAGGUUUAACAUCAAUUCUCAGCUUGAGCAUCUUCAAGCUAAAUACGUUGGAACUGGUCAUGCUGAUUUAAGCAGAUUUGAGUGGGCAGUGAACAUUCAGCGUGAUAGCUAUGCUUCAUACAUUGGCCACUACCCAAUGCUUGCUUACUUUGCUAUCGCUGAGAACGAGUCCAUUGGCCGCGAACGCUACAACUUCAUGCAGAAAAUGUUGUUACCGUGCGGCCUUCCUCCAGAGAGAGAAGACGAUUAGGAGAGGAUGGUUUGAUGUUCUGACUUAUGAUGGAAAUGUUUAGUUUGGGUUCAGAGAGUGAUAAAACUGUCAGAUUUGGUGUUCUGUUGUUAUAAAAACAGUUACGUUGCUCCCGUCUUUUUUACAUUGCGCUCGUUUAUGCAGUGACGAUAAAGUUUUACCGUCCAAAAUAAAUGGUUCACCACCGA